AUGCCACCUAGAAAGAGAACUACCUCAGGAUCGAAGAAAUCGAACCAGAACCAGAACCAGAACCAGAAUCAACAACAAUCUCAGCCAUCAAAGUUCGGAAUCCAACACUUCUUCCAUCGCCACACCCAAAACUCCCUCUCUCAAGAACCCAAAAAAGCCCCAAACGCCCCAACUUCUGUACUUUCCACUUCCGGAAACCCUCAACCUAUACCCAAUUCAAAAUCAGCUGAUCCAGUAAAACAUAUUUCAACCCUUCAAAACCCUAGGAAUUCACUAAAUUUUGAAAAGAACGACCCAUCUAAUGUCAUCUCAGCACCUGAAAACCCUAAAAAUAACAAUGAUUCGGUUAAUUUUGCUUUGGAUAAUGGUAGUUUGACUUGUCAAAACCCUAAAGUGGUUUUGGAAGCUCGGAAUUCUGCAAAUGGGGUGAAUUUGUGGACCACAGAGACGAAUAAUCCUUCUCAAAAUACGCCUACUGAGAAUAUAUUAUCUGUUGUAAUUGAUGCGGAGAACCAAUCGGAGGUGUCGCCAGAAAUUUGCAAGUCGGUGCCCCUCAAGCGAUUCAAGUUUUCACCAGGAAUGCUGAUAAAACAAAGUCAGGAUGAUGGAGGUGAUGACAUCACAUGGAAAAUUUCACCAGUAAAUGAGCGACUCAAUGCGAUGUCAAAGCACUUACCCGAGAUGGUGAAGGUGUUGGCAGAUUCUUCACGGUUCAACUCUUUGGAUUUCCAUCAUUGCUCACAGAAGAAGACCUCUCCUGGCUCAGCGGGUAAGCUUGAAAAGUGGCUUUGCUCGCCUCCACUGAAGGCUGCUGGAAAACCUUUGAUAUUGUGCAAUAGGGUUAGCUUGAAAAAGGUUGGCCCAGGUCAUGAUCUGAAUUUAGAUGGAAGCAAUGAAAACGUAAAUAUUGAGAACAACUCUGGAGUGGUUAUCAGUCAGAGUCCAUUCAAAACUCCUCCGUCUCUAUCAUAUUGCCAUGAGAAGCCUGCUGAUGGCGUUGAUCCUAAUGGAGUGUCCAAUCAGCUGGGUUCAAGACAACACAAAAAGGCAUUGAUUGAACUUUUAGAUCAAGUAGAAGAUGUAAUUUCAGUUGAAGAGCCUGAAUGUAGUAAAAAUACGGAGGCACACUUGUCCAAAAUUCAAGGAAGAAUUGGCAGUGAGAGAUUUGUCAAGGUUGAUCCUCUUAUCAAAGGUCAGGCACUUGAUUCAACGGAAAAGAUCAAUAGGGAACCUCCAAAUCUUUUUUUUCUUGUAUUGGAGGUUUGUGAGAAACGUGGACCUUCUGAUGCAUCUGGUUCUCAAUACCCUUUUAAGGUUGUGCGCUUACUGAAUGAGCAAAAUGGAGAGGAGCGGGCUGUGCACUUGUGGGACGAAUGGUUUUAUAGUGUGAUUGCACCUGGAGAUACGGUUCAUGUUAUUGGUGACUUCGAUGGCCAGGGAAAGUGUGCCGUGAGUCGCGACAAGAAUUUUCUAGUUGUCCACCCAGAUAUUUUGGUGUCUGGAACUCGGGUUGCUGCUAGUUUUAGUUGUCCAAGGCGUACUGUCCUGGAUGAGAGGAUAAAAAAAAGCGAAUAUUCCGCCGCAGCAUUGAUCGGUACCUUACUGCAUCAGAUAUUUCAGGCCGGUCUGCUCAGGGAAUUGCCAACAAAAGAAUUUUUGGAAGAAUAUGCGAGAGUGGUGAUUCAAAAAAUUUUGAGAGCUUGUAUGCAUGUGGAGUAA